UCUCGCUCCGAUCUUCAUUCUUCUCACAGCUCAUUUCCUCUCUCUGUCUCUGUUGCUAUUCUUUCUUCUGGAGAGGAUUUCGGAGCUGAAACGUCUAGACAGAUAUACGGUUCUUCAUGAAACUGAUCUAAAAGGCAUUUGCUUGAGUUCGUGGCGCAGCGCUUAGGUUCUGAGCCUGUUUCGUAACUGGUUGAUGAAUGUGAUUGCUGAUCGAUGAUGAUGAUGCUGAUCAAUGAUGUUAGUUGGCAUUUGGCGUUGGCUAGAUGGGCUUCAUCAACUUAGGGCUUCAUCAACUUACGGAUAAGAGUUAAUUAACAUACCAACUUGAAUGAGUACACUACAGAGUAGUCCUGGCGACAGGGAUACUGUGCAGGCCAUCAAUGCUUUAAAGAAAGGUUCUUAUCUGCUGAAGUAUGGGCGAUGGGGAAAGCCAAAGUUCUGCCCUUUCCGGCUAUCUAACGAUGAGAAAACACUAAUUUGGUACGUUGGAGAAGAGCAGAAACAGCUCCAACUAAGUCAAGUUUCAAGGAUUAUACCAGGGCAACGUACUGCAGUAUUUCAGAGAUAUCCUCAACCUGAGAAGGAAUAUCAGUCAUUUUCUCUUAUCUAUGGCAAAAAUUCCUUGGAUGUGAUAUGCAAAGACAAGUAUGAAGCAGAGAUUUGGUUUGUGGCCCUGAGGGCAUUGAUUUCACGAGGUAACUCUCAAAGAUGGAGAACUGAAAUUAGGACAGAAGGCAUACUGUCGGACUGUUCAAGUGAUCAGAUAGAAAGAAAUUCUCAGUCCGUCCUAUCAAAUAGUAGCAGCGAUGCAGUUCAUGAGGAUAGACAUAGCUAUAACUUUAUUGAUGUCCUAUCUGAGAAAUUGCCUCAGAAAAAACUGAGAAAAGCAUUUUCUGACGUUGUACUGCAUAAAGCAGCAUCUCUAUGUUCUCCACUGAGAGAUUCUGUUCUCAUAUCUGGCAUUUUACAACAAAAUGAAGAUGUAAGUGGAAGAAAUUCUGCAGAUAGUUUCCGACAUAGUUUCUCCAGUGCCAUAAGUACAUCUAGUCCGGAAUCUUCUCCUGGAGAUGGUCCUUUAAGCAAUAUUUUCAUGUGGGGUGAAGGGAUUGAUGAUGUGCUGCUGGAUGGAGGCACGUCUAAGUAUGGAGAAUCUUUUCCAAGGAAGGAUGUCUUUUUGCCAAAGAUUCUGGAAUCUGCUUCAGCACUUGAUGCCCAAAAUAUUGCUUUUGGCAGUAGACAUGCUGUAUUAAUCACAAGACAGGGGCAGGUUUUUAGUUGGGGAGAUGGCUCGGGUGGCAAGCUGGGUCAUGGAUUAGAAGCUGAUAUCUCUAACCCUAAGCUUAUCGAUGGUCUUGGUGGACUGGAUAUUGUAUCAAUAGGAUGUGGAGAAUAUCACACCUGUGCUGUAACACUAAAUGGAGAUCUAUACACAUGGGGAGAUGGCAUCCACAACUUUGGCCUUCUUGGACAUGGAACUGAAUUCAGUUACUUCACCCCACGAAAAGUCAUGGGUCAGAUGGAAGGAAUUUGUGUAACAUCCAUAUCAUGCGGACCUUGGCAUUCAGCGGCUAUCACAUCAUUAGGUCAGUUGUUCACAUUUGGAGAUGGAACUUUUGGUGCCCUAGGUCACGGGAAUCGGUGUUGCACAAAUGUGCCAAGGGAAGUUGAGGCUUUGAAAGGACAAAAAGUAGUGAGGGUAUCAUGUGGAUUUUGGCAUACUGCCGCCGUAGUAGAGGAUCAUUCUGAAUUGCCAAGUUGUAGCGACUCUCUAAGUGGGAAGCUGUUCAGCUGGGGAAAUGGGGAUGAAGGCCAGCUUGGUCACGGUGAUACACUAUGCCAACUAGUUCCAUGCCGCAUUAAAAUGCCAAAUGACAGAAAUUUCUGUCAAGUAGCCUGUGGGCAGAGCAUCACGGUUGCUCUUACCAUCUGUGGACAGGUGUAUACAAUGGGAACUACUGACUGUGGAGAAGUUCGGCUUCCUGGAAAAGGUCAUACAUUGCCCAUGCGAAUUGAGGGAAAAAUAAGAAAUUCUUUCAUCAAAGAAAUAUCCUGUGGCUCUCAUCAUGUUGUUGCUGUGACUUCAAAAUCAGAAGUGUUCACUUGGGGAAAGGGAAGAAACGGGCAAUUAGGCCAUGGGGACAAUGCUGAUAGGAAUUCUCCUACUCCAGUCAAAGCUUUAGAGGGGAAACAAGUAAAGAGAAUUGCUUGUGGAAACAAUUUCACUGCAGCAAUUUGUCUUCACCAAUGGGCAUGCGCAGCUGAUUACUCAUUUUGUGCUGGUUGUCGUGGUCCAUUUAAUUUCAAACGUACGCGUCAUAACUGCUACAACUGCGGGCUUGUUUUUUGCAAAGCAUGUACGAAUAAGAAAUCCUUGAAUGCUUCAUUGGCUCCAAAUCUGAAAAAAUCAUAUCGUGUAUGUGAAGAUUGUUUUUCUAAACUGAACAAGGGCUUGGAUAGCAGAGUGAACGUUCGACCUCCUAGGUCCAGAAGCCUAUGCAUUCGUGAGGACUCCAGCAAGGAAAAGAAGAAAGAUUUCUUCAAAGUUAAGCAACGCAGUAUACUAUCUAGGCUUUCGUCAUUUGAUUCAUUCAGAAGGUCUACUAAGAAGCUUUGUAAGAAAAACCAGAGGCCAAACUCAAACAGCACUCCUACUUCUCCAUUAGAUGGAGUAAAUUUUGGAUCUGAUAUUUCCUUUGCAUCAAGUCCAUCGACAUCUAUGAUUGACAACUGCGACAAAAUAAAUGCUUCCCUUCCGGGUUCAAAAAUGCAUUCUCCUUCGUCUCCUUUCUCCUCUGUUACCUCCACUCCACAUUAUAUGUUACUUCUGUCAUUGGUACACGGUGCUCCUUCCCAUGAAGAAGUUAUUGAUGAUUCAAAGCAAACAAAUGAUGAUCUGACUGAAGAAAUCUCAAUUCUAAGAGAGCAGGUGGAAGUCCUCACUCGCAAGUCUGAGUUCCUUGCAGCAGAACUCGAGAGAACAUCAGAUCAAUUAGUCGAGGCGACUGCAUGGGUUCAGGCUGAAUCCCAGAAAAAUAAUUCAGCAAAGGAAGCAAUUAAAUGUCAAAUGAGUCAGUUGAAAGAAAUGGCUGCAAAGUUACCUCAGGGGGCGUUUUACCGAGCAUCAGGUUCGUUUCCUGACAUGUGCCACGUUCUAGGCACUGGUUCUACAUGAAGCCAUUUGAGCAGCUAGAUGUGCUUUGUUUCUCACUCAGCACAGAGAGACCCUUCUGGCAGGUUUGCUUUAGGCAAUUUUGAACCUCUAGUUGUCAAGCUUCAUUUUUUUGCAAGAAACAAUCUUUUGAACCAAUUGUUAGAUGGAAUUUCAUUCAACUCUAUGCUAUAGGAGAUGACUAUAUAGGAAGCAGAUCAUAUUGUGAAAAUUAGAAAGCUUUUUUACGGUAUGGAACAAACUUCUGACAUAGUCUUUUCCUUAUAGUCCAUGAAUGUUUAAGCCAUAUGCUUUCCUGCAUUUAGCCAGGCUCGAUUUCUUUUAAAGGAAAAUAAAACUUGUAUGCCAGUGAGUAUUUGUUGA